ACUCGCUGAGGGCGGCUCUCGGCGCCGGGAGGCGGGAGGGCGACCCCGCUGCCCGGGGAGGCGCGCCCUGCGCCCGCCCCCGCUUCCCCCGGGAGCGGGCCGGGCACUUCUCCGGUAGGGACGGGACAGCGCUGCCGCCCCGGGGCGGGGGCGGCUCCCGGCCAGCGGGGGCGGGCGGGCCGGGCCCGACGGGGACGGCGCCCGCGGGGUGGGCGCGGUGGGGCGGCCGCGCCCCGCCCGCCUCCCCAUUGUCUGGCGGCGGCGCUGCCCCCGCGGCCGGGGGUCAUCGCCCGUCGGGGGCGGCGGGCUCCGGGCGGGCCGGGGGAGGCAGAGCGGAGGCAGAGCCGUGGCAUCCCUUGGAAGCGGACUGUGCGUGCACCCCGUCCCUGGCCCGGCCCGCAGUGGGGUCAGACCCCUCCGAGGACGAGCUCCCCUCCCCUUUCUUCCUUCCUCCGCCCCAUGCCGGGAGCCUGCACGGGGCUUUGCUGGUCUCAGGGUGGAGGAAAAUCGUCUGACUCGUCAGUCAGAAAGGAGAAUCACGAAGUUCAGUCCCGAUGCGCCCAGAGGAGCCGGCGAGUUCCUGCCCGCUGUCGCCGCUGGCGUUUCGGACGGACGGACGGACUGACAGACUGACGGCAGGCAGCGAGCCAUGAAGUUCUGGCUCCGGAGUUAUCUUGCAUCCCGUGGCGUUGCAGUGCGGGGGCGAGCGUGAAGGAACAGUACAGUGUAUGUGCAGGCAAAGUUGGGGAAGAUGUCUGCUUUACUCCUCUGGGGGUGCCUGGGUUUUGGGGUCGGUUCUGAUGCUCAGCUUUCCCCUAUACCAGGAUGUGCAGCACUGAAAACCAACACCAACUUCAAUAAACCAUGUAAUGGAGGCAGUUCUGGAUCUGUGAAAGGGCUCAGAGUAUCUGCAAUAGUGAAUGUUAUCUGGUGGUGGAUGUGGACUUUAAAACAGUGUGUCUCAACAUCUCAUCCUCAACUAUUUUUAAUCUGAUUGCACUACGAAAGAAAAGCUGCUAAUGGGAUAAAUGUUGAGACUUCACAAGAACUGACUUGAAGUACCGAAAGCCAUUAUUAUUACUAUUACUAUUAUUAUUAUUACUAUUAUUAAUCAAGAAGAGCUUGAAGCUAAGUCUGUGUCUGACCAGGCAUUAUCAUUUUGACAGUAACAGUCAUGGCAAGUAAACGAAAGUCAACAACACCCUGCAUGGUCUUAGCCAAUGAGCAGGAUCCAGAUCUAGAAAUGGUGUCAGACUUGGAGGAAGGACCACCUGUGCUCACGCCAGCAGAUAACCCUACAGCAGAGAGUGUAACAAGUGAUGAGGAUGUUCAUGAGUAUGUGGAUGCAGACAAUAAGAAAAACACAAAUAAAGUAGAAGGUGGUUAUGAGUGUAAAUACUGUACUUUUCAGACACCAGAUCUCAAUAUGUUUACUUUUCAUGUGGAUUCAGAACACCCCAACGUAGUAUUAAAUUCAUCCUACGUUUGUUUAGAAUGUAAUUUCCUUACCAAAAGAUAUGAUGCCCUUUCAGAACAUAAUUUGAAGCACCACCCUGGAGAGGAGAAUUUUAAAUUGACUAUGGUGAAACGUAAUAACCAGACAAUCUUUGAACAGACAGUAAAUGAUCUCACUUUUGAUGGGAGUUUUGUUAGAGAAGAAAAUGCUGGACAGGCUGACUCUUCUGAGGUCCCGUCAUCAGGGAUCUCCAUCAGCAAAACUCCUAUCAUGAAAAUGAUGAAAAACAAGACCGAGUCUAAGCGUAUUGCUGUUUUCCACAAUGUAGUUGAUGACAUUCCUGGUGAAGAAAAGGGAACUGAAAAUGAGCCAAACUCUGAAGAAGUAGCAGAAAACCCCCCAGCGGCAGUUUCUGAGUCAAAACCAAGCCAUUCAGUUGUUUGCAGUGCAGCGGAUGUGGCUGGUGCGGUGGUGACCCCGGCCCCGGUGCUUCAGCCUGGGGUGGCACAGGUUAUAACAGCUGUUACAGCUCCACAGAACUCAAACCUGAUUCCAAAAGUACUAAUACCUGUAAAUAGCAUUCCAGCCUAUAACUCUGCUUUGGAUAACAAUCCUCUUUUGCUUAACACCUACAACAAAUUCCCAUAUCCAACCAUGUCAGAAAUCACUGUUCUUUCCUCUCAAGCUAAGUACACAGAAGAACAGAUUAAAAUAUGGUUUUCUGCCCAGCGUCUGAAACACGGAGUGAGUUGGACGCCAGAGGAGGUGGAGGAAGCAAGGAGGAAACAAUUUAAUGGCACAGUGCAUACAGUGCCACAGACAAUUACUGUUAUUCCAGCACACAUUUCAGCUGCUAGCAAUGGCUUACCUUCGAUUUUACAGACAUGCCAAAUAGUUGGUCAGCCAGGACUCGUUCUCACUCAAGUUGCAGGUACAAAUACAUUACCAGUAACAGCCCCAAUAGCUUUGACUGUAGCAGGAGUCCCAAACCAAACACAGUUACAGAAGAGUCAGAUCCACAGUGCUCAGCCUAUUGCAGAAACCAAACAAGUAGCUGCCGUUCCAGCCCCUCAGCCUAUCAAAAAUGAAUCCACACUGAUGAAUCCUGACUCCUUUGGCAUCAGAGCAAAAAAAACUAAGGAACAACUGGCAGAAUUGAAAGUCAGCUACCUUAAAAACCAGUUUCCUCAAGACUCAGAAAUUGUUAGACUUAUGAAAAUAACAGGCCUCACUAAAGGAGAGAUCAAAAAGUGGUUCAGUGAUACACGCUACAAUCAGAGAAACUCAAAGAAUAAUCAUGGGAUUCAUCUCAACAAUGAUUCAUGUGCCACCAUUGUUAUUGAUUCAAGUGAUGAAAUGAAUGAAUCUCCAACUGGAGUCACUCCACAGAGCAAGUCAUCUUGGGGUACUUUUCCUGAUUUCACCCCACAGAAACUGAAAGAGAAGACUUCUGAACAGCUGCAAGUCCUUGAAGCAAGUUUUCUUAAUAACCCUGUCCUUACUGAGGAAGAGAUGAAUAGGUUGAGAGCUCAAACAAAACUGACCAGGAGAGAGAUUGAUGCCUGGUUUACAGAAAAAAGGAAAUCAAAUGUCUUGAAGGAAGAGGGAGCUGACAUGAAUGAAAGCAAUGCUGGCAGCUCAAAAGAGGAGUCUGGAGAAACAUCUGUAGGAGAUGGAACAGCAGGAACAAAAUCAGGGUGUUCCACUUCAAGCAAAAUAGGCAAAAAAUCACCAGAGCAGUUGCACAUGCUCAAAAGUUCCUUUGUCCGUACUCAGUGGCCAUCUCCACAAGAAUACAACAAGCUGGCAGAAGAAACUGGGCUUCCAAGGUCAGAAAUUGUGAGCUGGUUUGGAGAUACUCGCUAUGCCUGGAAAAAUGGUGGAUUGAAGUGGUAUUACUAUUACCAGAGUGCCAAUGCAAACAGUCUGAAUGGCCAAGGCUUUGCAAGGAAGAGAGGGAGAGGAAGACCAAAAGGGAGGGGGAGAGGGAGGCCCCGGGGGAGGCCUCGGGGAAGCAAGAGGUUAAAUUGCUGGGACAGAGGUGUGUCGGUCAUAAAAUUUAAAACUGGAACAGCAAUCCUGAAGGACUAUUAUAUGAAGCACAAAUUCCUUAAUGAGCAAGACCUUGAUGAACUGGUAGCCAAAUCUCACAUGGGAUAUGAGCAGGUCAGAGAAUGGUUUGCAGAAAGGCAAAGAAGAUUAGAACUUGGAAUAGAGCUGUUUGAUGAGAAUGAGGAGGAAGAUGAAAUACUGGAUGAUCAGGAGGAUGAGGAAGAAACAGAUGAUAGUGAUACUUGGGAACCCCCCAGACAUGUUAAACGUAAACUUUCAAAAACAGACUGAUGUACAAUUUGCAAUUUGGGGGCCAAAAACCUAUGAAUUAGGUUUGAUGUUAUGGUGAAGAGCCAAAUGAUUUUUCAUGGCCUUCAGUUUAGCAAGCAGCUGCUUAGCAUCUUCCUUCCACCCGAGAGUACAAGGGCAAGAUGCUGCCUGUGCAGGCAAGAACUGUUUGCUUUGUUGCUACAGGAGAUGAACAUCCUCAGGCCUGGCCUGGGACAGGAGGUUACAAAUCAGAUCAAGUUCAGCUCCUCCUUUUCCACACUACCAAUGGGAAGGUUCAUGUUCAUCAUACACGUGACUGCGUCUCAAUAUUUAAUUGCCUUAUGUUGUUUAAAUCCAAAAAAACACAGACACUUUUUUUUUGUUGUCGUUGCUGUAAAAGAACAUUGCCUGCUUGUGAAGGAGGAAAACACAAAAACAUUAGAUGUCUUUUUGCAAACAUCACGUCAUCUGAAAGGUUUCAAGGCCUGGGUUUAUUUCUUAAGGAAAGCAUUGAAAACAGAAGGGGAAAAGUGUGACAAAAGGAACCAAUGAACCUAGGGGUUCAGUGUUGAGCUGAUCCUCAGUACCUUAAAAUACUUGGUAGAAGAAAGAAAAGAUGGAAAAAGGGAAUGAAAGUGUGUGUCACACCUAGUUGAUUUGUGUCUUUGGGUGAAAAUAAAGGUCAGUGUUGGCAGUAAUUCUCCUCUUAGUGAUCUUCAGUUUUCCUAAAUGAGAGCCAAAGAGGAAAAAAGCAUAACUUCAGUGAAGCCUGUCUUAAGGGACAAACAAGGAAGAGAGCCCACAAAUAGCCUGUAAUAAUGACGUGUUGUGAACCAGAGAUGGCACAAAUAGUAUUGCAGAUGUAACUGCUCUCAGGUCUGGAGUUUCCAGCAGCUGGCCAGAGGCUCCAGAUGAAGUCUAGCUGCAAGAAUUUCUGUGCAAGUAUCACACCUGGCACCCACAACAGGCAGAACUGGAGCCCCGUAGAUGCUCUGUUAUGGAAGGGGUUCAUCAUUUUUCCUAGAGAUACCAUAGAGUAAAAAACUGCAUCACUGAUGUAUGUUUUACAGUUUUCUUUCCUCUGAAUGAGCUUGAUGUGCAAUUAUUGGGGGAAAGGAGCAAUUGUGAGCAAAGUCCAUUCUGGAUUUCUGCAUUUUGUUUGCAUGUGUUCAUUGAGCAGUGCUUUCCCUCUGCUGUGACUCACACUUUCUUCAGGCAUUGCUACUUGUAUAAGGCACUAAGAAGACAUAGAAGUUAAAUUUAAUAGCACUUUCCAUUAGUCCUCUCCAGCAGUCCAAAAGCUGUAUGGGAAACGAGGCAUUGCAGAAUCAACAGCUUGGUUGUUUCCCAUGUGGAGGCAGCCUCCAUAUGGAAAAACUGAGCAAGGCUUGAAAAAACCUGAGUUGCAAGGGUCGCUGAAGGGGGCAGGCCUGAAGCCCUGGGUGUAUUUCUUCAGUGUAGCUUAUUUUUUUCUAAUUAUUUUGAUUUGUUUCUCUUUUUCCCUGCUAGACAGCAAUAUGGUAGUAAGUCAGCUCAGUUUAUUCAAUGUUGUUACAAAAAAGGUCUUAAAUGGUGUCCUGGAGGAGUUGCCAUCAGUGUUGCAUGGUCCUGCCCAGUCCUGAAAACUGCAGUAGGAAAGUUUUAACCUAGAGAAGUAAGGAAUCCACUGUAGUCUCUGCGACCUGGUUUCAUCACAAGUAGCAAUUAAGCAACAAGCAUAACAAUGGCCAGGGCAAGUUAGUGAGUUUUUGGAAAAACUGAUAAAACUGAAAGAAGGGUGUAGAAGGAGGCAUACAAACCUCUCCAUGCCCAGUCCUGGAACUCUGUUGGUUGUUUUUCCAGUUAGGGCAGUAGACUGGAGAUACCACCCUUGGCCAUGACUUUUGUAUUCACCUACCAUCAAGGCACAACCUCAGUACUUGUACUACAUGACUGAGUGAAACAGCUCAGACACAUGAUCACAUCACUACUGGAAAAUGUGUAAGCUUGCCUGGCAAGAUCACUGUUUUAGGAUUCUUUCAGUACUUGAUCACUUUCUUCUUUCUAUCUUUCCAGAAAGCUUUUUUCCUCUUUUCGACAGCUUUCUGGUCAAACCCAAGGGCGUACUCAUUCUGCUCAUCAUUUAUCCCACUAGACAGAAAAUAGUUGCAAAACCCAUUAACAGCUGAACACAUCUGUGUGCAGUGCACCCUUUUGGCAAUACCAACUUUAUUGGGUUUUGUGAGGCCUGAGAGGGAUGGAUUAUGGCCUUGUUAAUAUGGCUUGCCAGGGGCUUGAAAGGAUGCACUGAAAAGUAGAGCAGGCAAAUAAACCGUUUUUGGGGGGAUGCAUCUUCUCCUGUCUGUCCGAAGGACCCCUAAGAAGUGUUUGACGUCUAUAAAUAACAAACAGUUCACUCUCUUUGAUUGCCACAAUGCACCCCUUACCUCCCCACUCAAUUUUCGUCAUGUCUAACUAGAACUAGAGCUUAGUGUCAUCAUUGUAAGUUAUGCUAGAGUUCAUCUGAGCUCGUCAGAGCUUUUUUUAUUUGGAGUUUGUAGUAAUGAUAACCUCUGUCUGCCCCAAACCAUUAAAUGUUAUUUGUAUUACCCUCCCAGCAGUCAUGGACAAAAUCCCCUUACAUGUGUCACCACGCAAAGAAGAUGAAAGAUGGUUUCUGCUGUAAAGAACAUUUAAUCUAAAUAAAAGGCAAGAGACAAAGGACACAGUGAGACAAUAUCAGCAAAUAAAGAGCUGCUCUUCUUCUUCUUUCAUGAGUGUGUUUAGGGAAGAGUGUAUGUUAUGACUAUCCAACAAGAAAACUAACCUUCCCUCAAGGUACGAAUCUUUCAUAAUGUCUGGAAGAAUCCACUUAAUUCAGGAGCCACCCCAUCCUUUGAGUAAUACUGCCUAUGGGCCUUCCUUGGCCUUUCUUUCUUUGAGGAGAAAACUACUCUCUCUCCUUCAUUUUCCAAAGGCAGCUGCUUUCCAGUGUGUUUUAAUAAAGCCAUGUGAACUUCAUUAUUCGUGGCCAAUGUGUGUGGGUAGUGCCUCCCCAGAUAGGGCCCUAGUUACUGACUGAGUUUCUUGUUUCUGCUGUGUGUGGUGAAUGGUCUCUGAAGCCUUUGUGGUGUGUCUGUGUGCUGGCAUAUGAGUGGCUGGGACCCAUGUGGCUAGGACCCAUGGAGGCUAUUACAAUACAAAUAACAACAUCAGUAAUUAAAGAAACACUUGAGGAGGAUCUUCUGAAUAGAUUUUGCCUCAGGGAAAUGGGGAGAAGGGCUUUAGACAAACUCUGUCUUCCACACUGAAUUUCCUUUUCCUGACCAGAAGAUUCAGGGAAUAGGACAGUGUGGAAAAACCCUGCCUAUCGCUGGAGUUGUGUGCACAACCUGGGCUGUGUCUGGGCUCUCCCUGACUGCAAGAGGAAGCUCCUGAAGCUCCCUGGCCUUCCCCUGCUCGCCUGCCCCCGCUCACCGCGGGUGAAGCUGGGUCACAGCCCCUCAGCGCUGCUGUAAUGAGGCACGCUCGUGUGAGCAGCCACAAUGGCUUUGCUGAUGUGAGGAACUCGCUUGGAGGCCUCAGCUUACUGGAGCCCACUUUUAUUGGUCCAGUAUUCAUGUGCCGAGCUGGUGGCUAGCAGUGGAGUAAGACCCUGGCUGCCUUUAGGGAGAGAUUCAUCUCUAGCUUUUUAUCCCUGAAGCCGCCUUCACAGAGCAGCUGCAGCAGCACAGGCUCUUGUAGGGCUCGUGUAUCUGAGCCCCCUCAAAGCUGCCGCUUCCAGGGAUGAUGUUUCUCCUCUGUGAAGCCAAGGCUAACAGCAUCAAGGUAAAUCAUGCCAUGCAAACUUGGGCAAACAGCUUUACUUAAGUACAGUGAGAAUUUGUUGUCUGGCAGCUACACUGAUGACUUGGAUCUUAGGGGAAAAACUGAGCAAACCUCCAGUGCUGACAAGGCAGAGGGAUUUCUUAAAGUUGCAUUUUUUCGUUUCUGUAACUAAUAUAUGAGGAGCUUUUAAAAUGUCUUCGGGGGGGCAGGGGAGAGCCAGGCAAAGAAGAAAUGAAGAAGAGAGGCAUUACUUUGCCCAUGACUCACAACUGAAACCACACAAUCAGCUGCUAGGCCUCCUGUGUGGCACUUGGGAAUCGUGGCUCUCCUAUCACUGAUUUACCAGACAAAGGCAUUCUCUGCAUUGCAACACAGAGCCUUUGGUAGACCACGUUGGUAUCCUCAGAAGAUGGUCAAAACCCCCAGCCCUGGAGGACUCUGCAAUCCAAGCUGGCAGCCAACCAGCUGCUGUGGGAUUUGCCCCUGAGAAUGCCUUGCUUUUUGUGUUUUCCUUUGAGCUGUGGCCACAUUUGACUUUGAUUACUCCUAUUUCUUUUUCUGAAUUUUCUUCUUUUUGUUUGUGCUUAUUUGCCUUUCUGGAUUUUUGUGCCUUUUUCAUCAGACCAGUGUGUUGCAGUGUGAGCUGCAGUCCUGGGGUAAGGGGAAAGGGAACCUGUGUGCCCAGUGCAUGUGAGGAGCAACAGGUGCUGAAACUGUUCAGACACUUGUGCCAGCCUCCAGUCUGACCUCGUGUGCUUUGCCUACCCUGGUCUGCAGGCAGGAGGAAGCCAGAUGGUUUUGAUGUGUGCAUACAAGUGAUUGUCCUCAUCUAC